AAAAAGCCAUCCUGAUGAUAUGUCAGACAUCUUGGAAAAUUUUCCAGCAUUUUCAUCCAAGAUUUUUUCUGACAUGCCAGUAUUAAGUAAUAGGAGUGAUUCAGUUAGCCAUGGAGAGAACCAAAAGCAUUGUGAAGAGCAUAUUCAGAAACAGAAUACAAAGUUAUUGGAACUUCAGCAGCAACUGGCAGUAGCUGUCUCUACAGACAAACGUAAAGAUCUGAUGAUAGAACAACUGGACAAGCAACUGGCUAAGGUAGUAGAAGGCUGGAAGAAAAGAGAAACAGAGAAAGAUGAGUUGCUGAAAGCUUUGAGCCAGGAGAAGCAACGCAUGGAGGAAUCCUUGCAGAGCCAGCAGACGAUGAUGAACAAGGUGGAGCAACAACUCUCAUUGACUGCUGAAGAACUGAAAAAAGAGAAGGAGAAAGCUACUGAAAUGAUAAACAAUUUGAAGACUGAGCUGGCUGAAGCUCAGAAAGAGAAAGAACAUGUAGAGGCAACUUUGAAUGCUGAGAGGAAAAAACAUGCAACAGUGAUUUCAGAGUGGGAGGAUCUGAAAGCAUCUAGGGAUCUGGCAGACCAGAGAGCUACCCAGGCUCAAGAAAGAUUAAUACAGGAACAAGAGAAUUGGCUUAAGAAGGAGCAGGAGCUCUUGGGGAAAAUAACUGACAUGCAAGAAGUUAGCCAGAGAACAUUAAACAUGGAAAAG